AUGGCAACCCAAGGCCCAUCCCCCCUCCCUCCAACAACAGUGCACAGCACCCACGCCAUCCCCCAAUCCGCCGCAGCCGACUUCCUAGCGGCCUACCUAGACCGCGCAACAACCGACCCGGCCCUGCAACCAAACGCCAGCAUCAGCGAGCACGGCCCCGUCUCGCGCACAACAGCCGCAGCGCCGAAUCUGAUCCUGCACAACCUGAAGCGCGUGCAAGCCGGGCUGGCGGGCGAGAUCCUAGGCCGGGAUUUGACGGUUGCGAAACAGAAUCCUGGCGAGGAGUACCUGGAUAUUGCGGCGGGGGCGGUGGAUCCAACUACUGCAUCUACACAGCAGAAAGAGGGUGAGAAUGGGGAGGAGGAGGAAGAUUUGACGUGGGAGGAGCCGGCUAUGGAGACGGAGGCGGAGGCGUUUGCGGAGCAGGAGGCGAGGCAGGAUGUUGUUGAUAAGGAGGAGAGGAAGAGGAGGAAGAAGGAGCGGAGGGCUCUGGAGAAGAGGGCUAAGGCAGAUAAUUAA